AGCUGCGUUUUGUAUACAAGAUAACAAUAAUAAAGUUUUUCUCAGCCUUAGUGAAAUGUUUUAGUGUCAUGGUCGCUCUGUGUUUCUGGCUACCUCUCUGUUCCCUCUAUAUCUUUGACAUUUCCUGUUCACCUAAUGCUUGUUUCCAGGUGUGAUCCAGGCUGGGAGGGUGAGCUGUGCGAGCGCUGCAUGACGAUGCCAGGGUGCGUGCACGGUUCCUGCCUGCAGCCGUGGCAGUGUACGUGUCAUCCAGGCUGGGGCGGUCGAUUCUGUGACAAAGACCUCGGCGUUUGCUCCCAGCAGCCCUGCCACAACGGCGCCACCUGUCUGAUGCAGGACAGCGGAGACUUCCGUUGUGUUUGCCCAGAGGGUUUCCAUGGUUCCACCUGUCAGAAGAGGAUCGGACCCUGUCACCAGAGAAGGUCUCCCUGUAAAAAUGGCGGCCUGUGUGAAGACGCUGAUGGUUUCGCGGCAGAGCUGGCGUGCCGCUGCCUUGCAGGGUUUACGGGCCGGCACUGUGAGACCGACGUAGACGACUGUCUGAUGGGACCGUGUGCCAGCGGCGCCACCUGCGUGGACGGAGUGAACCGGUUCUCCUGCCUCUGCCCGUCCGGAAUCACGGGGCGUUUCUGCACGGUCAACAUGGACGACUGCAUCGGUCAGCCAUGCCUGAACGGCGGCCGCUGCCUGGACCGCGCAGGAGGCUUCCUCUGCCUCUGCCGGCCGGGAUUCACCGGCUUCACCUGCGAGAACCCGCCCAGCCCGCCUAAUGCCAGCCAACCGGUCUGGACCACUCAGAGGAGCGACGGUGGUCGCCAUGAUGACAGGAAGGUGAAGGUAACCGUGAAAGAGCAUGGUGCCACUGGACUGUCAGACCUCCAGCUGGUCGUUGUUUUGGUGUUAGCUGGCGUGACUCUCGGUGUGGUGACUCUAACCGCCGCUUUCGUCCUGCGGAGCCGCUGCCGGCGUUCUGGCGAUGCCCCCAGCCGCUCGUCACCAUCCUCCUCCCAGGAGGCGGGAACAAGCAGUCCGCAAGAGGCUGGUGAAGUGCCGGAGCAUCGGAUCAGCUUCUUGAACUCAACAGAACCACAGAAGAAGAAACUCAACAUAGAGGUGAUUUAGGCUGAAGGGCAACAAGAGAAUGAACUCAAUAGUGACAUCAUCAUGAUGAUGUCAUACUGCUCUUCACAGCACCAAAACUGGACCUGACCCGAUCAGAACUUUGUUCAGUCAUCACUUUAACUACCUUCAGUCCAAACUCAGGGAUGCAAACUCUGCAGGAGCCCAACCAGCCAAGCCAAGCUGUUACCACGACAACCAGCACUGAAGCAUCAGAUCCAGAUUCCCAGGACCGGGUUCUGAUUGGGUUAUGGGUUCACUGACCCAAUUAAGUCUGGUUCUGGUUCCUUUCAGCUGCUUUAAUGUGUAGAAAUGGUCGGACUGAGUCGGUUUAACUUUGGGACCAAACCGUAAACGGUUCUGAUCAGUUCUGAUCGCCAUGGUUCCCAUCGCCAUGGUUCCCAUCGCUAUGGUUCCCAUCGCCAAUGGUCCCCAUCGCCAUGGUUCCCAUCGCUGGUUGAGCUGCUCACCAUUGCAGGUAGUUUCUGUAAAUACUGUAAAAAUAUUUAUUUUUUCUUGUACAGAUUUAGUUUGGUUCUGUUGGAUUGAGCGUCUCCUGCUGAGACAGAAGUGGACUCGGGUGACCAGAACUUACCAGAACUUACCAGAACUGCUUUGAUGGUGUUAAAGUUUUUUUUGAUUGCGGGUCGGUUCUACAGAACUCUUUUGUCUUUAGAUGUUCUGGUCUGGAUCAGGGAGCUCUGGACCCGACCGCAGGAUGGGACGCCACUAUUUCAUUGGAAGAAGAAGAACUUUGGUUCUGCAGAACUGUGGGACCAUCGAAGAACAGAGGCCAAAGCUGAUCAGAACCAGAACAGGAACUGGUUCUCUGCUUAUCCAGACCCGUUAAUCCAAUGAGGAAAUCUGGUUUCCAGGGAAACCCUCUGGAUGUUUCUGGUCCUUUUGCUGUUAAAUUAAAUUAAAAACACAAACAUGGCUGAAAGAAAAGAAAUACUAACAUGCCUUAAAUUUACUGCUGAUAUAUUUUAAUUUUCAUCAGAGUUACAGUCAGUCUACAGGAGAACCAGAGGUGCGCCUCCAUAAAACGUUGG